AUGGAGGAGAAUCGCGAUCUGUUGCGCCACUGCCUUGCCUUGCCAGUCCCACCCUCUCACACCCUCCAACCCUCCACGCGAUACGUUUUAAAUGUUGCGAUUUGUGAACGUACUGUUUACAAUAUUGGGGUACUAAUGGCGUCUAGGUUGGACUCUCCUUUCGAUCUUGAGCGUUGUGGGCCAGCAGUGGACAUCGCUCUGGACGUAAUUAACGAGAAGUUUCUGGCGCAUCACAACAUUGAAUUGAAGAAGGUGCAAGGCAGUUACCCGUCGUGUUCCGGCGCUAUCGCUCCGGGUCUAGCUGCGGACAUGCACUUCAAGAACGACGUGAUAGCAUUUGUGGGCCCAGCUUGCGCCUUUGCUCUUGAGCCCGUCGCCAGAUUGGCUGCCUAUUGGAACACACCAAUCAUCACUGGCAUGGGAGACCAGCCACCGUCAGAGGGUGAGCUAGCGGCUCCGGCCAGCGUGGUCAGCCGUAUGCACAGGCUAAGGAACUUGCGCAAAGGGACACAGACGUUGUUCAACGACAAGGGCAAAUACCCAACGCUGACGCGUAUGUCGUACUGCCAAUGCCGGCUUCCGCGCGUCUUCACCAGCGUGUUCGACCGCUUCGGUUGGGCGCACGUCGCUCUGCUCCUAGACAAAUCAGAUUUAUUUUCACUUACUGUCGGUAAGAGUUUAGAGUGGGGACUUCGUAAGGAGGGUGUGCUGAAGGCUGUACGGGAACUGGACGGCAACGAAAAGGAGUCGUGCGAGGCACUGCUACUUGACGUCAGCAUGUACGCCCGAGUUGUGAUCCUGAGCGUGCGCGGCUCUCUGGUGCGGGAGUUCCUGCUGGCUGCGCACGCGCUCGGCAUGACGCGCGGUGACUGGGCCUUCCUAGAUGUUGAAAUAUUUCAAGGAGGAUACUGGGGCGAGACGGGUUGGGAGGCGGGGGAUGAACGCGACACAGCCGCGCGCGCCGCCUACGAGGCCCUUCUACGGGUGUCGCUCAAGCUGCCUACCGGCGACCGCUUUGAUGAAUUCGCAGAUACCGUGCGCACGCGCGCAAAAGACCAUUACGACUACAGCUUUUCUGACGGAGAAGAGGUGAACUUUUUCAUCGGUGCUUUCUACGAUGGCGUGUAUCUCUUGGGCAUGGCGUUAAACGAAACUCUGACUGAAGGAGGAGACAUAAGAGAUGGAAGAAACAUAACGAGUCGCAUGUGGGGGAGAGAUUUUCAUGGUAUCACGGGCCACGUUCGUAUAGAUCCUGUAGGCGAUAGGGAUGCUGAUUACGCCAUAUUGGAUUUGGAUCCUGUCACGGGCAAGUUUGAGGUGGUGGCGUUCUACUAUGGCUUGAACAGCAGUUACCGUCCGGUAGCGGGCAAGGCAAUACACUGGCCGGGCGGCCGCCGCGCCCCGCCCCCGGACACGCCGCGCUGCGGCUUCCUGGGCACAGACCCCAUGUGUCAGGGAGAAGCACAAACAGUAAUAAUAUACUGUUUUAUUGGACUCGCGUUGUUUCUGAUGUUCGCUGUAACCGCUGCGUGUAUCGCAUACAAACAGGCGCGUAUUGACGCGGAGAUGAACAACAUGGCGUGGCGUGUUCGGCCCGAGGAAGUACUGCUAGAGGUUGGCGCGCUGGGCGCCAGUCCCGCUCUGCACAGCCUCAACGAGGUAUUAAAUAUAAGGAUAAGGAGCGUCGGUGGCUCAGGGACAAGCGCUGUGUCGUCAGUGGGUGGAACUCCGCUCACCCUGUCAUCUUUCACUGUUGGCCUCUACAAGGGCAAUAGAGUAGCUGUUAAGAAAAUACAUCGGAAGAAACUGGAUUUGAAUAAGAAGUUACUAUGGGAGAUUAAACAGGCGCGUAACGUGUCCCAUGAGAACACGGUGCGUUUCAUCGGUGCGUGUGUUGACUGUCCGCUGGUGUUCGUACUGACUGAGUACUGCCCUAAGGGCUCACUAAAAGACGUCCUCGCUAACGAGGAGCUGCAGCUCGACUGGAACUUUCGCACCUCGCUGGUUCAUGACAUCGUACAAGGCAUGUGCUACUUGCACAGCGGGCUGGGCGCGCACGGCAAGCUACGCUCUUCAAAUUGCCUCAUCGACGGCCGCUUCGUCCUCAAGAUCUCCGACUACGGUCUCAACACCCUCUGCACGCCUACCGACUUGAUAAAGGGCGAUCUUUAUUAUUACAAGUUACUAUGGACGGCGCCGGAGCUGGUGGCGGGCAGCCUGUACCCGGGCGCGGUAGCCUCACUCAAGGGCGACGUAUACAGCUUCGGCAUCAUCCUUGAGGAGAUCGUGCGUCGCGCCGGACCCUUCCACCAUUAUACGCCUACAAUCUUCGAGUGUGUGACUGUGUACUUCAGUGAUAUUGUUGGCUUCACCGAGCUGUGCGCUGCCUCCACACCCAUGCAGGUCGUCGACCUCCUCAAUGACCUCUACAGCACUUUUGAUAGGAUUAUCGGAUACUAUGACGUGUAUAAGGUGGAGACAAUAGGCGACGCGUACAUGGUGGUGUCAGGUCUGCCGAAGCGCAACGGCGACAUGCACGCGCGCGAGAUCUGCCUCAUGGCGCUCGCGGUCGUCGAGGCUGUGCGCACCUUUGCUGUCAGGCAUCGCCCCUCACAUCGCUUAGAAGUGCGAGUCGGAGUACACUCUGGACCAGUGUGCGCGGGCGUGGUGGGCGUCAAGAUGCCACACUACUGCCUGUUCGGGGACACCGUUAACACGGCCAGCCGCAUGGAGUCUACUGGACAACCUUUGAGGAUUCACUUGAGCGAGAGUACGCGCGCGUUGCUAGAGCAGUGGGGCACGUUCACCGUGGAGCGGCGCGGCGAGGUGGAGCUGAAGGGACGCGGGCGCAUGUUGACACACUGGCUGCUGCGCUGCUCGGAGCCCGCGCCGCACCAGGCCGGCCCGCCCGCGCCGCCGCCGCACUACCCCAUACUCUUCCCCGCACUACCACAGCCGAUUGCAUUACACACGCCGUAUAUUGUCGUUGAACAACCAACUAUAGCUGGAUAA